UCAAAGUUGGGUAAAAAGCUGAGAGAGAAAAUACUAGUACUAAAAAAGCCAUUAUUAAUUAAAACCAAAACUCUGUGCCAAAAUAAAAACAGAGCAAAUAAACAGAGCAGAUAAACAGAGCACAAACCUCGAAUUUUCAUCAACAAUGGCAGGGACCAACGGCUCUCUACAACAACAACAACGAACCCACGAUCCCAAACCCACUCUUCAACUUCUCUUCGAUGCUCUCGACCCCAUAUCUCUGAUUCUCUCCCAGAAUUCAAACCCAGACGAACAUCUUCCAUUGAGACUCACCACUGAGAGCUACUUCAUGGAGAGAGGACCCAGAUACAGAGAGUAUGCGGAGCUCAGAGAAUCAAAGCUGAGGAUGAUGAAGAACAUCACAGCUCAAGAACAACAACCCCAGGAACACGAAUUUAAACCAACCCCACCAAAGAAACAGGUCCGAUUUCAAGCCAGUCUUGGCAAUGGCCGUAAAGGGUCGUCCUCCGUUCUUGCUCAAUCGGUUCCUGAUUUCUCUGCCGCUCUGAGGAAGGAGAACAGGAAACCUAUGACAGCUCUGCCUUCCAUGCUCGAGAUGACUCCUCCGCCAUUGAAGAACCGAUCCAAAGCUAAUGGGAUCGUUUCGAAUCCGAGAGGGAGUAAGUCGGCCAAUGCAGGGGAUAAAAGAAACAAUGGAGGUGGGUUAAUGGGGAGGAAGAGCUAUGCGAGUGUUGAGGAACUGAAGGGCCUUUCAUCGGCUGCUGCCAAUGCCAUUAAUGGUGAAAACAGGGGAGCAGGAAGGAAUGGAAGACAGACGGUUUUGGGCUACAGACAAUUUUGAAAGUUUCUUCUGUGGUUGGGAUUCUUUAAGGAUUUUCUUCAAAUUUCAAUUCGUUUCUUCAUUGAAAUUCUUUUUCAUUAUUCAUAAUGUUAUUUUCUACGUUUUUUUUUUUUUUUUUUUUAAUUUUUUUUUUUUUUUUUUUUUUUUUGAGAAUAAUCCUUUUGCUUACUCACCUAAGAAGAGUUUGAUCACGACUCAUUCUUCUUGUAAAGCUUUUGGAUGUAACUACUAAGGUUUAAGUUUGGAUAUGAUAGAUUGCUGAUGGAGUUCAUCUGUUUUCAUGUUCUGUUUGGCAAGUUAGAAAAUUCAAAUUCGAAUAUGAUAGCGUGAAAAUUUUCAUUGUAAUUUGUA